AUGCCCCUCUCAGGGACUCGCCUGAGUGGAGGGUUUUUGGGUAGUAAUAGUCGCGAACGGAAAUAUGCGAUGGCCGGUAAUGGAAAUGCCGACACAAGCAGCAAGGAGUCUCUUGUUGAGGAUGGCAAAUCCAAAAACGAAGACAUUUUUCUGAAUAUCGCCAGGGCGAACUCUCUGCGCCGCAGUUCAACAACAACAAUGACAGAAAGGAAAAGGUCUAAAUUUGGCCUCUCUGGCUUGUCUUCACGUACGAGUCGGGCCAAUGAGGAGGUCCUUUCUCCACAAACUCCCCGAUUCGACUCCGAUCAGGUUACACCUUCACCGUCUCACGACGACUCUCCUUCCCUAGGACUUGGCUCCUCCUCACUUCGAUCUCCUACCACGUCUCAACAUCCAAUCGAUGAGAACAGUCGACUUCGAUACUUCGGUGUUAGCACUAGAUCAUCGGUUGGGCUUCCUCGGAGCAGUCUCACUCGCGCAAGUCAGGAACCAUCACCCGACUCGUCACCGAAUCACAUUGGAGAAAGACGAGCUUCCAAUGCUCAGGAACAAAUGCAAGGCCAGUCGCGGACAUACCGACAGUCAAACCUAUCAACGAUGCGAAGUACCCUGAAUUCCUCUGCGGCGGAUGCUGUAGCGGAACAGUCCAGGUUGGAGGCGGAGAAGUCGAGAUUGGAUGGCACUGAAUCCACCUUGUCUACCACCGCCCCAUCUACUGUUUGGGAUGAAUUAGACGACUUGAAGUCGAGGAUUCGAAAAUUGGAACUGACGGGAAAAUUACCGCCCUCAUCUGCGGCAGCAAUGUCUAGUGUCUCUGGUGAAAGGCCACGUACUGCAACGACGACAGUCACCACGCUUUCUUCUUCUCCGAAACACGGUCGAAAAACGACGUCUCCACCACUAGGGCAGGAAUCAAGUACCGUAACAGAUCAAAUACACCCUUUACUCCACACUGCUUUAGCAAAAGCCAAACCUAUACUGAAUGCUGACGUAUAUCGCACUCUUGAAGCAACAACAACAGAUGCGUUAACGUUGGCUGCUAUUCUUAGCUCUACCGCUCCUCAACACGGAAGUGGUAUGCCUGUUAAUGGGGCUAGUACCUCAGAUCGACAGAUGCGACGAAAGGCGGACAGCUUGUGCAGGGGUUUGACAGAGCUAUGUUUGGUAUUGUCAGAUCAGCAGCGGGAGUCCAUAUCGAAAACAAGAACAGGCAGCCCAGAUCCGACAACUAGCCAGUACCAGAGAGAUGGAGUGAUGGAUAGAGAGUCGAUUACGCCAACUAUUUCAUAUCGACGGAGCAUCAGCCAUGAACCAGAGGAACGCCACCACGGCCAGACACCAACGACGCGACUAGCAGCAGGCAGCCGUUUAGAAACACGACGAGCAAGCAUUCUUAGUCUGAAUUCCGGAGCUGCUUCCAGUCGAAAUACCCAGGAAAACGCAAACCAGACUCAGCUUCCCACAUCCACUCUUUCAACCCCUCCAAGCCGUCUCAAUCGUACUUCUAUAACACUACGCAGCCGGAGAUUGCAAGGCGAAGAAGAUUCUGAGGACAAAUCGUCUGUUGUUUUCCGUCCAAUUUCCCGAGCAAUGACUGAAAUCAACAGCGGAACAUCUCGCUAUUCACCUCGAGAACGACGGCGUUCACGCGAAUAUACUUCCAAUCAUCCACUCCCCGAUCAACAUGUAUCACAGCAGAUAUCUCCACAGCAACAUGCCGACCAAGCCCAUCCAAUCUCUCAAGCCCAAUCAAAUAUCCCUAUGCGCAGGAACUAUGGUACCCCUGGUACAAGCCUUCCAACGACAACUCACACGAAUAUCCAGCCCGGAUUCCGAAGAUACGGCGCAUCCUCUUUGAAUACGGGAACCAAAUCAGCGGAUGCCUCUCCGGGUGACCACAAUUCUGGGGCUUCUGGGUUGGGCACCAAACAUACCGGUUUACUCCAGCUACGGUCAAGAACAAAUAGCACAGGAAUGCGCAGAAUAGGCAUUAGACACCGCCCAUUCUCCUCUACUGAUGGUGAUAACGAGGACGAUGAACUUGAUUGA